AUGAGUACAUCAAGUGACUUCCCAUUAUCUAAAGAAGAUGGAACAAGACAACCAGAAAAGUCAACUUUGGUAAGGACCACUGAAGAAAUCUCCUUUCCAAGAGGUGGCUCCUCUGCUUUGACUCCACUAGAGUUGAAACAUGUUGCUAACGAAGCCGCUCACGAUGUGUUAUUCGGUAACGAAAAGAGACCAUUAACAGAAGAUGAUGCUGGUAAACCGAAGAAGAAAAAGAAGAGAUCUUCCAAGAAAGAUACUGAAACUGUUACCGACGAUACUACUGAACAGAGGAGUGCUAUAAUAGAACAUCUAAACUUCAACAACGUGAAAGAAGGUACUAUUCUAUUGGGUCAAAUUGAUUCUAUAACAAAAAAUGAUCUUCGUAUCACCUUUACAGAUGGCCUAUCAGGUUUUGUUGAUUUGACACAUAUUUCUGAACAAUUGACGUCAUUGCUUGAAGAUAUUGAUGAAGACAUGGACUCUGAUUCUAAAGAAGAUGACGCAGAAUACGAAUCGUCUGAUGAUGAAUCUGAACAGAAAUCUCUUCCAAAUCUAAGGCAUUAUUUCAAAGUUGGUCAAUGGUUGAGGUGUGCUGUUACCAAGAACACCGCAUUGAAACCAAAAAAUGCAAAACAAAAGAAGAGAAUAGAAUUGACAAUUGAACCAUCUGUAGUCAAUAAUUUCGAUGUAGAGGAUAUCAAUAAAAACACCAUAAUACAAUGCUCUGUUGAAAGUAUCGAAGAUCACGGUGCAACUCUAGAUCUAGGUGUUCCUUCUCUAACAGGUUUCAUUGCAAAGAAAGAUUGUACAAAUUUUGAUGAAUUAAAACCUGGCUCUGUGUUCAUAAGUUGCAUCACCAAGAAAACUGACAGAUCUAUUGUAGUAUCCCAAGAUUUCAGUGUAAAGAAGAACAAGAUGACAUCUAUUUCAUCAAUCGAUUCAGUACUACCAGGUCAAGUAGUUGACCUUUUGUGCGAAGAGAUAACUGACUCAGGUAUUGUUGGUAAAGUUUUUGGUUCAAUUUCUGCGUUCAUCGGUAAGCCACAUCUUCAAACCUUUAGCGAAGAAGAUAUAAAACACAAAUUUUCCCUAGGUAGUAAUAUACCUUGUAGAAUUCUAGCUUCCGUCAUCAACAAGUCAGGAGACAGAGUACUCAUUCUUUCUACUUUACCUCAUGUCAUCUCUCUCAAUAACACAUUAGGAAGUAUUGAAAGUUUGGAAGCUUUCCCAAUAGGAUUCAUCAUCGAUGAAAGUGUAGUUAAAGGUCGUGACUCAAGCUAUCUUUACCUUGCAAUCAGUGAUAAGUUUAUUGGUAGAGUUCAUCAAUCCAAUCUCGGUGAGAUCAUAAAGCAGGAUAAGUUAAAAUCUAGAGUUAUUGGUUACGAUGUAGCAGACUGCAUUUUUGAAUUGACCACAGAUCCAGAAAAGUUGAAGCUAAAGUACAUAAGAUCUAAGGAUAUCCCAGUAGGUGAAGUGUUCAAUAAUUGUGAAAUUUUAAAGGCUAGUAGCUCAGGUGUUGAAUUAAAACUACUCGGAGGACAAUUCACAGCAUUUGUCCCUCCUUUGCAUAUUUCUGAUAUUCGUCUAAUUUAUCCAGAGAGAAAAUUUAAAAUUGCAUCAAAGACUAAAUGUAGGAUUCUAAACGUUGAUAACCAUGGCCAUAUAAUUGCCACUAUGAAAAAGUCUCUUGUCAAUGAUGAAGAGUUAGAAAAGCCUGUUAUAGAGAGUUUUGAAACUGCUAAGUCAAUCAAGAACAAGAAUGAAAAAACUGUUGGUACCGUUCAAUCAUUCAAUGGCCAUGGUUGUGUAAUCAUGUUCUUUGGUGGAGUUACAGGGUUCCUGCCCAAAUCUGAAGUUUCCGAAGUUUUUGUUAAGAGAGCUGAGGAUCACUUAAGAUUGGGCCAAACUGUACAAGUUAAAGUUUUAGAAGUGGAUGAAGAAAGAAGAAGAAUAAUUGUUACAUGUAAAGUUUCAAAUGAAGAAGCUCAGCAACAAAAAAGUAUAAUCGAAUCACUAAAGAUAGGUCAAAGCAUUAUAGAAACCGUUGUCGUUGAAAAAACAAAGGACUCUGUCAUUGUAGAAAUUCCAGAUGUUGGUAUCCGUGGUGUUAUUUACGUUGGCCAUAUCUCUGAUGAGCGUAUUGAACAAUGUAGAGCGGAGAUCAAAAAAAUUCGUAUCGGUAGUAAACUUACUGGUCUCGUUAUCGAUAAGGAUUCUAGGACUCAGAUUUUCAACUUAUCCUUAAAGAAAUCCUUGAUGAAAGACGCUCAAAAUAAGAGACUACCAACUACCUUUGCUGAAAUUACAAAGUUUAAAAAGACAGACCCCUUGCACGGCUAUGUUAAAUCCAUCUCAAGUACAGGUGUUUUUGUUGCAUUUACUGGUAAAUUCGUUGGUUUGGUAUUGCCUAGCUACGCUGUUGAAAGUAGACAAGUCGACAUUGAGAAAGCGUUUUAUUCAAACCAGUCUGUUACAGCCUACCUUUUGAGGACCGAUGAUGAUAAUGAAAGAUUCUUGCUGACUUUGAAGGCUCCAAAAGUUGAGAAGGCCGCCGAAACUAUUUCAGCUGAAAAUAUCAUUGACACAAGUAUCAAGAGUGUUAAGGAUAUUAAGCUGGGAAAAAUUUUGGAUGCCAAAAUCAAGGGUGUUAAGAAGAAUCAACUGAAUAUCAUUUUGGCUGAUAAUGUCCAUGGUAGAGUGGACAUCUCUGAAGUCUUCGACAAUUAUAAUGAUAUAAAAGAUAAAAAGCAUCCUUUAUCACAUUAUAAGGCAAAUGACAAAGUCCGUGUUAAAAUCAUUGGCCACCAUGACCUUAAGAGUCACAAGUCUCUUCCAAUUACACACAACUUUGUGAAAGGUACGGUGUUUGAGUUGACAAUGAAACCAUCACAAUUGAAAUCAAAGGAUGUAAAGGAACUAGAUAUUAGAGAUAUCACUGUAGGCGAUGAAAUUAUCGCUUUUGUGAACAACUAUCAGAAUUCAACCUUGUGGUUAACAGUUACACCAACAAUUAAAGCUAAGUUAUCCAUUUUUGAUUUAUCAGAAGAAACUUUAAUGAAUAUCAAAAACGUUGAGGAUGAUUUCCCUCUGGGCUCUGUUUUAAAGGUUAAUGUAACCGGUAAGGACCAAAAUAAGAGCAUUUUGCAAGUUACUCAAAGAAAUGGUAAAAUUAAUAGUAUUGAUGACUUGAAGGUUGGUGGCCAUACUAUCGGUAAGAUUGUAAAGGUUACUCCAAAGUACUUGCUAAUUGAACUUGAAAACAAAAUUACCGGUAUCUCAACCGCAUUGGAAGCUCUUAAUGACUUUACUGAACCUCUAGAUCAAGUUUUUGCUGGUAAGGAGAACGAGUUUGUAAAGGCAAAAAUAACUUCUGUUAUUGCCGAUGAGAAGAAAGUUCAACUACAACUUGCCGAAGAUGAAUCCACAGUUCAGAAGAUCACUUCUCAUUCUGAUUUGAAGGUUGGCGAGGUUGUGAACGGUCUAGUGAAAACUGUAACUGAUAAAGGUCUUUUCGUAUUCUUAGGAAAAUCAGUUGAAGCUUUUGUACCAGUGAGUAAACUUUCUGACUCUUACUUAAAGGAAUGGAAAAAGUUCUACAAGCCAAUGCAACCAGUUGUAGGUAAAAUUGUGUCUUGUAAUGAAGAUGAUCGUAUCCUUCUGACUCUGAGAGAAACUGAAGUGAACGGUGAUUUGAAGGUGUUAAAGAAUUACUCUGAUAUAAAGCCAGGAGACAUUUUCAACGGUACUGUCAGAAAUGUGACCGAUUUUGGUGUUUUUGUCAAGCUUGAUAACACGGCUAAUGUGACUGGUCUAGCUCACAUUACUGAAAUUGCAGAUGAAGUACCAGAGGAUAUUCAAUCCAUAUUUGGCGUGGGUGACAGAGUUAAAGCUUACGUUUUGAAAUCCAACCCUGAAAAGAAGCAACUAUCUUUGUCCUUGAAGGCGUCUCACUUCAAUACUAAUGAAACAAUUACUGAGAAGGCUGAAUCACAACCACAACCAAGAAAGAUCGAUGAAGAUCAGGAUGAAUUGAUGGACGAUGAAGUUGUUUACAAUUCUGAAAGCGAAGCAAGUGAUGAUGAAGAAGCUCAUUCCUCCAAGUCGACUACUGUUAUUUCAAAUGACGGUGGUUUGAGUCUAAGUGCUGGCUUCGAUUGGACUACAUCUAUUCUCGAUCAAGCUAAUGCUUCUUCAGAUUCAGAAUCAGAUGAGGAAGAUUUCAUGGAAUCGAAAAGAUCCAAGAACAAAAAGAAAAAGUCGAAGAACUUGGUUGAAGACAAAACAAUUGAUAUCAACACUCGUGCUCCAGAAUCCGUUGCUGAUUUUGAAAGGCUAAUAAUUGGUAAUCCAAAUUCCUCCGUCAUAUGGAUGAAUUACAUGGCCUUCCAAUUGCAGCUGAGUGAAAUUGACAAGGCUCGUGAGCUUGCGGAACGUGCCUUGAAGACAAUCAACUACAGAGAAGAAGCUGAAAAACUAAAUAUUUGGAUAGCCAUGUUGAACUUGGAAAAUACUUUUGGUUCUGAGGAAACUCUAGAAGAUGUAUUUACAAGAUCUUGUCAAUAUAUGGAUUCAUUUACUAUGCAUUCCAAACUCAUCGGUAUCUAUCAAUUGAGUGAAAAGUUUGACAAGGCUAGCGAACUUUUCAAGAUUACAACAAAGAAGUUUGGCUCUGAAAAGACUUCAAUCUGGGUCUCUUGGGCCUCUUUUGUUCUUUCACAGAAUGAACCAGACCAAGUCGGCACAAUUCUAUCUUCAGCAUUGAAAUCCCUACCAAAGCGUAACCAUAUUGAGGUUGUCAGAAAGUUUGCACAACUAGAAUUUUCUGAAGGUAACCCAGAGAGAGGUAGAUCCUUAUUUGAAGGUCUUCUUGCCGAUGCUCCGAAAAGAAUUGAUAUCUGGAAUGUUUAUUUAGAUCAAGAAAUCAAACAAAAAGAUAACAAGUCUAGGGUGGAAGAGUUAUUUGAACGUGUUAUUAAAAUGAAGAUAACCAGAAAGCAGGCCAAAUUUUUCUUCAAUAAGUGGUUACAAUUUGAAGAAUCCAACAAUGAUGAAAAGAUGACUGACUACGUCAAGGCGAAAGCAUCUGAGUAUGUUGAAAAGCAUACCCAAAAAGAUGAACAAUAA